UUAUUUUUUAUUCCGGUACACUAGUAUUGUUGUAAAUUUUAUUGCGCGUUUGCUGGUUUCAAUUGUAGUACACUGCGAUUGAUAUUUUUGAUUUUAAAUGUACUUAAGUAAUAUAAAGCACAAUGAGGCAAGAUGGGAUAUUUUAUUAGGUGUAAAAUGGGACGUCCCAUCUUGUCCUCACUUGGUAUUUACUAUUUUGUAAUAGUUAAAUAUCAGUAUACUGGUAUUUUUAAUCUCAAGUUUUUCUCAUUAAAUAUUCUUUCUACAUUUGUUGCCAAGCAUUGAUAAUAGUUAUAUAUUAUUAUGUUAAAAUAAUUAUUAAGGUACCUAUUAUAUAGAAACAUGGCAAGAAUAAGAAAAAGAGUGACAACUAGACAAAACUGGGAUUCUGACUCCAUGAGCAAUGCUGUUUUAGCUGUAAUAAAUAAAAGUCAAACCUACAGAGAAGCAUCAGCAACCUUUAAUGUACCUAGAAGUACAUUACUAAGAAAGGUAAAAAAAUUAAGUAAAGAUGCUAAAUAUGAUCCUGCAUCAAAAAAUUCAUUAGGACCCAUACCAACCGUUUUUACCAUUGCUGAAGAAAAGGAACUAGUUUCAUACCUACAACUUAUGGAAGGCCGUCUCUUUGGUUUUAGUACAGUUGAUUGUAGGAAGUUGGCCUAUCAACUUGCUGUAAAAAAUAACAAGAAACACAAUUUCUCUCACAUAAAAGAAGAAGCUGGUUAUGACUGGUAUAAGGGGUUUAUGUCAAGACACCCAGAGUUGUCGCUUAGAAAACCAGAAGCCACAUCGGCAGCACGUGCAAUGGGUUUUAAUAAGCCUGUUGUAAUGCAAUUUUUCAAACUCCUGGGUGAGCUUAUGGACAGAUAUAAAUUCACUCCAGAUCGGAUAUACAAUUGUGACGAGACUGGUAUUUCUUCAGUCCCCAAAAGCAAAGCUAAAAUAAUAGCCACCAAAGGCCGAAAACAAGUUGGUUCGAUAACAUCUGCUGAACGUGGUGAAACUGUGACAGUCGAAAUGUGCAUGAAUUCUGUUGGAAGAUAUAUGCCACCAUUGUUUAUUUUUCCCAGACAGCGGCAUAAUAUGGACUUCAUGAGAAAUGCUCCUCCAGGUUCUUAUGUAGAAUUUCACCCUAGUGGCUGGAUGCAGAAAUCUAUAUUUGAACGUUGGUUACAAAACUUCAUUACCUUUUCAAAUUCAUCAAAAGAUACUCCAGUAUUAUUAUUACUAGAUGGACACUCCACUCAUACCAAAAACAUUGAACUCAUCAAUUUAGCACGUGAUAAUGGAGUCAUUCUCUUAUGUUUUCCUCCACACUGUACACACAGACUACAACCACUGGAUGUAGGUUUAAUGAAACCUCUUAGUGUUUACUACGAUAAGGAGAUAACUAACUGGCUUCGCAGUCAUCCUGGUGAAGUAGUUAAUCUAAAGCAUGUAGCAGAAAUUUUUGGAUUAGCUUUUGCUAAAGCUGCUACAAUGACAACGGCUAUGAAUUCAUUCAAGUCAACAGGUAUUUUUCCUUUUAAUCCUGAUAUAUUCCAAGAUUCAGAUUUUGUUGCUUCUGAUACUACAAAUGUUGAACCAAUGAAAACAAUAGAAGUAUCACAAGAUAAAGAGCUAGAAAAUAUUUUAAAUUUGAAAACAGUUGUAUCCCCAAUUCAAAUAUCCAAUCCAACACAAACUAACAAUAUAAUGUGCACUGAAGAAAUUGAAGGGGGUCAAUCAAACCUCAUAUCUCCAAUUACUCCAGUCACAAAAAAAAAUACUUCAUUUCCACAUGUCUCACCAAUUGAUGUUAUUCCUAUUCCUCAACAAAGUUAUGAGAAUAAGCAAUAAAAGAAGAGAAAUACUAGGGCCAAAGGAAAAACUGCAAUUCUUACAGAUUCACCAUAUAAAAACGAGUUACAACAACAGCAACUAAAUCAAACGAUUAAAUUAAUUAAAAAAGAAAAAUCCGUUAACAGAAAAUUAUUUAAGAAGCCUAAAACAAAAAAAAAACUAGUAGAAAAACUAUCUGAUGAAGAUGAUGACACUGAAUGUUUAUACUGUGGUCAAACAUACAUGAUGUCAAAUGAAGGAUGGGUUCAAUGUGUAAGAUGUAAAAAGUGGGCACAUUGUUCAUGUGCUGGCGAGGACGAUAAUGAUGACGAACUUUAUCAUGUCUGUGAUAUUUGUAAACAAUAGACUAUUUUACCUACUGUGAUAAAACAAAUUUGUGUUCCUGGCAAGUAAAUAUUAACAAUUAGAUGUUCCUUAGUUAUCUUAAGUUAUUUUGCUUAUAUAAAAUGUAUAACCUAAAGUCAUUAGGAUUAAGUUUGAAACAAAUUGUUUUUUAUUUCUUUAUAAAUUUUAAAUUAUAAUUUUAUACCUAAAGUACCUAAUAGGAUAAAAUAUUUGAAAAAGUUAUUUUAUAUUAUGUGUAACCUAAAAGUCAUUAGGAUUGAUUUUGGAAGGAAUUGUUUUUAUUAUUUUAUGAAAGUUUAAAUUUAAAUUCUAAUUUACCGUUAUUUUAUUAUUAUACCUAAAGUAAUAAGAUACAAUGUUUGGAGUUG